AACACCGCCCGCGCUGCGCCGGUGCCGGCCAUGGAGGAGGAGGAGGAGGCGGCGGUGGCCUGGAUGGACCAGGCCCUCGACGUGGCUAAAGAGGCGCUGGAGAAGGGGGAGGUUCCCGUCGGUUGCCUGCUGGUGUACAACGGCGAGGCCGUGGGGCGGGGCAGGAACGAGGUCAACGAGACGAAGAACGCUACUCGACAUGCAGAAAUGGUGGCAAUUGAUCAGGUCCUUGACUGGUGCAAGCAACACAACAGAGAUUAUACAGAAGUGUUUGCACACUCGGUAUUGUACGUAACUGUAGAGCCUUGUAUCAUGUGUGCAGCUGCCGUGCGCUUGAUGAAAAUUCCACGGGUCAUAUAUGGCUGUCGAAAUGAGCGAUUUGGAGGCUGUGGCUCAGUUUUGAGCAUCUCGUCUGAUGAUAUGGUAGACACAGGAGAACCAUUUGAAUGCAUUUCUGGCUAUCGUGCCGAAGAAGCAGUGGAAAUGUUAAAAGCUUUCUACAGACAAGAAAAUCCCAAUGCACCAAAAUCAAAAGUACGGAAGAAAGACCAUCGUAAUUAGCCCUAUGCUGAUGGGAGACAGAAACUUACCAAAAAUGAGACAUGAAGAUUUCUUCAGCGUCCUUCUUUUUUAAAAUGUACAGUCCAAUUAAACUAUGUCUAAUGUUCUGUACAGAGUUUUUACUAAUAGGAUACUCGCUACCUGUUCCUGCGUUUCUACAUAUGUGUUUUCUUGUUAUCAUACAUGACCAAACAGAAGAAUAAGUGGCUGUUUUUAGAAAGAGGAAAAUCUAUGGUUCAAGUUCAGUUGUUUACAGCCAGAUGGAUCCAUUAAAAUUCUGCCAUUCUGUACAGCACGUUCUAGAAUAUUUUCUUUCCUUCUGUCUGUGGAGAAGCGUCUUGGUUUUCCAAUAGUAAAUGUUUGCUUAGGCAAGUAAGUAAAUCUCUUGGAAAGUUACACUUGUAAGACCUUCACAGUCCUUGUGUGUAUAUUUAAUCAAAAGGCAUAUAAGGAAUUGUACAGCCCUUGAAGACUUCAGAUAAGAUCAUUGUAAUGGUUAUUAAUUGUUUUUUACACCCCCUCUAGCAUAAGCCAAAUUUUCAGACAUCUUCUGAAAGUCACAUACAUAUGUAGACAGGUAUAUAUGCAGAAUCACAUGUCUCAGUUUGUAUAUACUGUUGCUUAAUAAGCGUAAGCAAGCAUCACUUGGCUGCACAGCAUCUUCAUACAAAGUUGUGGAGAAACUCUCCACAACUCUCUUUAGACUGUCCACUCAUCUGGUGAAUAUUAGCAUAAGAAAUGCUUUAUUAUUAAGAAUCUGCUAAGUAGUUGUUCUCAGGUACUAAAUUAUAGUAACUGAGACGGGCAGAUACACAUGAACACCAGGAAAUUAAAUUGGUAAUAGUAUGAACAAAAUAUGUUUUGAGAUACUUACCUUUUUGUAGUGUUGGUUGGCUUUGUCAUUUCCAUGUACUUUGCUUGGCCGUGCAGUAAUUUAUAAUCCAGAAGAGGGCCUUACAGUUCCACUAAUGAAUUACGAAUACAAAGAAGUACAGUUCAAUCUUGAUUAUAUAUCUCUUAGUGGAUACUUCUCUUAAGCAUGAAACUGUUUGUAGUUUAUUCAGCUGAUAUUCAGAAAUUUGAGAAAUGCCCUAACUUUUUUUUUUUAAUGUAAGUGGUUAGAAUUCUAUGACUAUAAAAA